AUGUCUGACAACCCAUAUCUCGCCGAAAAAAGUGUCAUGGAUACAAAGGAUAUUCCAGAAAGUAUCGAGGAGCCAGAAAAGAACGACAUCAUACCCAAUUGCAUCACUUGGUUUGCUAUAUCAUCAAUAGCUGUGUUGCUGAAGAUCUGGAAUAAAGAUACCGAUGGAUGGAUUCAAGUCAUGAAGGCAUCCGUUCGCUUUUUUGAAUCUGCGAAGAAAGGUUCUCCAGGUUCAGCAGCAUCCGUCAUUCCCCUGUACUGGCCGUAUGGGAAAACAACAUACUCGCUCUAUAGCUCGGGCUUGUGCAGGGAGGUAGAGGGAUUGGAGAGAGUCUGUUACGAAGGGGCUUCUCCGUUUUACGAUUUUGUAAAGGAUAUGGGGUUCUUGACUGCGCAGCAUCUUGGAGUAGAAGAUGUGGAGAGCUUCCAGCAACAUUGGCUGAACCGCUUGAAGGAUCUCGUGGAAGAUGCAUUCACAGAGCAAGAAAGAAUAAAGAUUCAAAAUGAGGUCUUCGGAGAAAAUAAAGCGGAAGACUAUAUGAUGAAGAUAUUGAGGCGCCAUUUAAAGCACACAGGUUACGGGAGAGCAUGGAAGAUCCAGUUGGGUCUUUUCAUUGUCUCAGUCAUUGUCGAUAUCAUGAUGACAGCAGCGUUUUUGGCUGAUGUUGACGAGGAAUCUCUUUUGCUCAACCUACCCUCGAUUGUGGGUAUUAUUGUCCACUUGACCAGUGACGAGGACAACUCGAUCGAAAUGAGGUCCUUUCUUUCAAGCCCGAACAAGCCAACCGAAACCCCACACUUCAAGCCAAAAUUCAGUAUCUCCAAAGUCUUGAUCACAUUUGUGAUGAUAAGUUGGUACCUGCUAAAUCUUGUCAUAUUCAGCAACUUUUUUCUCGGAACACUGGCCCCAAUUGCGCUUCAGAAGAUCUCGAAUAGUGAUUCCAAUGGAUGGAUCAAUGUGAUGCAAAACGCAAUCAAUGCUUUUGAAAAUGUCAAGGAAGGAUCCACAGGUGAUGCUGCUUCCAUGCUAUCUCUGCGAUGGCCCCACGGAAAAACUACAUACUACUUCUACUUUUCCAACUUGUGCCGUGAAACAGAGGAAACCGAGAAGAUUUGUUUCCUGAAGGACCUCCCUUUUGUUGCUUUCUUGAGGGAUUUGGGCUCUUUGGUUGCACAGAUCCUGGAUGUGGAUGAUGUGGAGGGUUUCGUGGAAACCUGGACUGUCGGGUUCAAGAACCUGCUUGUAGAAGCUUUAACCGAGGUGGAGAGGGAGACACUUCACGAACAGAUAUUUGGAGAGAAAAGAAAAGAAUUUGACUCGCUGAGCGUGAAUGUCAUCAAAGGGUUGAAGUUUCAUUUGGAUCUUCUAUCCUUUGGUGUGGUACUUCUUCGUGCUGUUUGUGACGAGAGAUCAGUGACCGCUGUAUCUUCCGCCGUGCUUUGA